GGAGAGUCAUGUUCUCUUGUGUGGACUGAGACCUUCAUAGUCAGACCGUCAGUGAUGCUAAUUCCAGGUUGAUCCUGCUCAAGGUGGACCAGGACUGCCAGCUGAAGAGCAACAUCCACUGGUGUGCCUUCCACUUACCUCCGAGGAUCAUCGCAGGAAUUGAGCGCAAACAUGCUGCAGAAGAGAGGAAGGACAAAAUCCAUCUUGGUGUCCUCAAUUUUAGUGUGUUGUAUGCUUGCGAGUGCAGAGUAUUCCAGCUGUGGCGAGUACGAGUUCUUAAACCAGACCAGCAACAGCUGCCAGGCAUGCCCUCAGUGCCAGCCAGGACAGGAGCCGCACAUGACGUGCGGCUACGGCGUGAAGGAUGAAGACUUCUCCUGUGUACCGUGUCCACAUGGGAAGUACUCCAAAGGCAAAUAUGAGAUCUGCAGACGACAUAAAGACUGCGACGCCCUCUACAAAGCCACAGUGCGCACGGUGGGAACGUCAGACAGCGAUGCGGAGUGCGGGCCCUGUUUGCCAGGGUAUUAUAUGCUGGAGAACAGACCCAGAAAUCUCUAUGGGAUGGUUUGUCACUCCUGCCAGAACGCGCCACCUAACACCAAAGAAUGUAUGCAGAACAAUGUGCCAGUUCAAAAACCGCAAUCGGAUCCUGGCAGCACCACCGUGUUCCCUCAUCUUCAAAAAGAUCCAACAGGACAAGGUCACCUAGCGACGGCUCUCAUUAUCGCCAUGUCAACCAUUUUCGUCAUGGCCAUCGCUAUUGUUCUUAUCAUCAUGUUUUACAUUCUGAAGGCCAAGCCAAACAGCCAAGCAUGCUGUCAUGGCCAAGUGAAAUCAGUUGACACUCCGACCAAUAAACAAGAGGACAAGAAAGACAUCCCUGACAAGGUUGUGAUCUAUUCUGAAAAAGAUGAGUUUGGCAAACUUCAGGCCUCACCUCAAAUGGCAGUGAAAAGCGAAAACGACGCCUCGUCCGAGAACGAGCAGCUGUUGAGCCGCAGCAUGGACAGCGACGAGGAGGCCACGUCGGAGAAGCAGGGCUUGGCGAACGCAAACAACCUGACGCCUCUCAACAAUGUGGGGAACAAGCCCGACCUCUGCCUGCUCACUCUGGGCGCGCUGGACGCCGACCCAGUCCGCAACGGGACCGCCAACGUCGCCGCUAGCAGUCCCGCUCCCGACCGCACGAACCACAUCAGCAAUGUGACCGCAAUCAGCAACAGCAAUAAAAACCCAGGGAUGUUGCAGAGUCGCAGGAAAAAGAUCUUGGAUCUGUACGCUAAAGUGUGCAAUGUGACAGACGGCUUGAGCCCCACAGAACUUCCCUUCGAUUGCCUGGAGAAAGCCAGCCGCAUGCUAAGCUCCUCCUACAGCAGCAAAGCCGCCGUGGUUAAAACAUGGCGGCACCUGGCCGAGAGCUUCGGCCUGAAGCACGACGAGAUCGGCGGCAUGAGCGACGGCUUGCAACUUUUCGAGCGGGUGAGCACGGCGGGAUACAGCAUCCCCGACCUGCUCACCCGCCUGGUGCAGAUCGAGAGGCUGGAUGCCGUCGAGUCCUUGUGCUCGGACGUUCUGGGAGGCAACGAAGUGGCGGCCGCCGGAGGCCGACGGGGCAUUAACAGUUUUCACAGCCAGUUGGCGUGCCCGUCACCGUAUCAGGCGUCUUCUCACCGCUGCGCCAGCGUCUAAGACAAACGGAUGCAUCCGGAAAUUAGACUGUACCAUCCCUCGUCACAUGAAGAACAUUGGUCGACCAAGAAGCUACAUAUCCAAAAUAAUCGAAUAUGAAUCUAUCAAUCGAUUAGCAGUAGAGGGAGUCUUCCGUAUAUUUGCACAGCUCCACAAUCAGUCCUUUCACCAACGACUUCCUCUUCGGCAACCUUGCCAGAACCAACCUCCACCUCCCUCGUAACUUUUGCUUCCCUUUUUACCUCAAUUAUUGGGUGUGUAACUCCGCAGGGCCCCUAAUAGUCCAAGGUGUUGCGGUUUAUACAGCGGGUGCAAAAUGCCUGUAAGUUCCACCGCCCAAUUAAGCUUUUAAAGACCAGUAAAAGUCCAGUGGAAAAGUUGAAAAAAAAUACAGAGCCACAGCA